UGCACCUAAGCUGGUUUUCCAACCGCUAAUAAACCAUAGAAGAAGAAGAAGAAGACGAAGAAGCAGAAGCAACAGAAGAAGAAGAAGAAUGAGGAGGACUAAAAUGUGUUAAAAAGAAGAAGUCUGAUCGGUGGAAGUAAAUGAAUCGUCGGAUUGAAAGGAAGCUGCUUUUUUAAAACAAUAUUUCCAAGACUCAGUAAUAAAGACGGUUCAGGUGAUUGUAAGAAGAUGGUAUUGAAAGAGAUUCCAACAGACAAUAUCACUCGCCCUUUGGGCCGUAACGAGGUCAUGGGUUUACUCUUUCGCCUCACAAUAUUUGGUGCCGUCACAUAUUUUACAAUAAAGUGGAUGGUGGAUGCUAUAGAUCCAACAAGAAAACAGAAAGUUGAGGCACAAAAACAGGCAGAGAAACUCAUGCGGCAGAUUGGAGUGCAGAAUGUGAAGCUUUCUGAAUAUGAGAUGAGCAUUGCAGCUCAUCUUGUGGAUCCAUUGACUAUGCAGAUUACAUGGCGUGACAUUGCAGGUCUGGAUGAAGUCAUAACUGAACUGAAAGAUACUGUUAUACUUCCGAUCCAGAAGAGACAUCUGUUUGAAGGAUCCAGGCUUCUUCAGCCACCCAAAGGUGUGUUGCUGUAUGGGCCUCCAGGCUGUGGGAAAACUCUUAUAGCCAAAGCUACUGCCAAAGAGGCUGGAUUCCGCUUCAUUAAUCUGCAGCCUUCCACUCUCACUGACAAAUGGUAUGGAGAAUCCCAGAAACUAGCGGCAGCCGUGUUUUCACUGGCCAUCAAGUUACAACCUUCUGUUAUCUUCAUCGAUGAGAUUGAUUCCUUUUUGAGGAGUCGUUCAAGUUCAGACCAUGAGGCCACCGCCAUGAUGAAGGCUCAGUUCAUGAGCUUAUGGGACGGACUGGAUACUGACUACAAUUGCCAGGUCAUAAUAAUGGGAGCCACCAAUCGGCCACAAGAUCUUGAUUCUGCUAUACUCCGAAGGAUGCCCACAAGAUUCCACAUCAAUCAGCCUAAUAUCAAGCAGAGGAAAGACAUAUUAAAACUGAUCCUGGAGAAUGAGAAUGUGGAGUGUGCUGUGGACUUUGGUGAAAUUGCAAAACAGACUGAUGGGUUCUCAGGAAGUGACCUCAGAGAGAUGUGCCGAGAUGCUGCUCUGCUUUGUGUGCGUGAAUUCGUGCACCAAGAAAGUCCAGAUGAAGACUUCAUCCGCCCAAUCAGGCAGGAAGACUUGCAGAGGGCAAUCGAGAAGAUGAGGAAGUCCAAAUCUGCUGGAGUGCAUGAGGCAUUUAUGCAUGUACCACUGGACUGAAUGUGAUGCUGCGGUUUUAAAAAAACAAAAAAACAAGAACCUAGA